UUGCCACUCUCAAAUACACACACACACACACACACAGACGAGAGCACACACACUCACUCACUUAGUCCUUUCUCUUUUCAAAAGGCCCUUGUGAAACAGAUUGACAGGCUAGAAUGAAAAUGAGGCGGACGCUCGGUCACGACUUCAGUGCGUACGCGUCCUUUUGAGAAGACCUCUAAACUUGGAUCAUAUCACCAUGGGAGCUAUUUGGGCUGCAAGGGACUUUUGUUUGUUUUUGCUCUUGUUAAAUAGUCGCCAAAGCGCUGCUCUUCCAGAGAUUCGAGGUGGGACUGUAGUAAGUGUGUGUAUUCAUGUGUGUGUCUGUGUGUGUUUUCUUCAAGUCAUGGAGAGAGCUACUCCGAGCACAGUUUCAGCCGCUCUUGUUGUUACUCCACUUGUGACCUUUUAAAUUUGAUCACUUUCUUCAUUUAUGUCUUUAAAAGUGUGUGGGUUUGUUGAAAAGAUUAAUGAAGUUUCUCUUGGUAAAGUUUCUGGGCUAAAUCAAGGUUUGUAAUUAGACUGCAUCAGUACUUACUGAGUUUCAGCUCACUUUGCACUAAAUUGUUAGAAUAACAGGUUGUAGUUUCCUUUUUAUUAGAGAACUCUUUUUUUGGCGUUGGUUGGUUGGUUUAAGUAUUCAUGCUCAUCCUCUUUAGUGUUUUCUUACAAUAUACACCAAAGUUGAGAGUGCAUCUAUGGUUAAUGUCAUGUUAUCUCAUGUAUUACACUGUUUGGAUUGGUUUCGGUGAUAUAGACCGUAUGGAUUUCUCAUAUGGCUCAUUAUUUCAGACAGGCCUACUCAGACUAACAUUUGAUGUUCUGCUGCAGGGUCCAGACUUAUAACUUUUUAUUUAAUACUUUGUUGUGUUGAUGUGCUUUUUAUUGAUUUUACUAUUCUACUGAUGUGUCUUUUAAUUGCCCUGUAAGGUGUCCAUGAGUUCCCUGAAAGGCGCCCACAAAUAAAAUGUAUUAUUAUUAUUAUUAUUUCAGCAGAUCCGUGUGCAGAGGGAAGUGACGGCUGUCACAUUGAUGCUAUUUGUCAGACUACUCAAGGCUCAUACAAAUGCACGUGUAAAGCAGGCUUUAAAGGAGAUGGCAAACACUGCGAAGGUAAGUGUCUCCAUUUCAUCAUCCUGUUUACUGCUCGUUUAUUUGUGGUUUCAAAAAACUAACAUUAUGAUGUUUAUUAUAUACGAAUCACAGCCUACCAAUUUUCCUAUUACACCCUCUUUGUAAAGUUGUAAAGUUAAGUUUUCUCAUCACCAGAUGGUUUUUUUACUCGUGUGUUGUUUACUUCUCAGACACUGAUGAAUGUGAUUUGGAGUACAACGGUGGCUGUGUACAUGAAUGCAACAAUAUUCCUGGGAAUUAUCGCUGCACUUGUUAUGAUGGAUUCAAUUUGGCACACGACGGACACAACUGUCUUGGUAAGAUCAGCUUUUGGAAAGAAAAUAGAUCAAAUGUAGUCCCUGUAUAAACAGUUUUGGUCUACAUAAUAAUGUCUAAAGUGUUCAAGAAAGACAACAACUUUUUUUUAUUUUCAUAGGAUUAAAGCUCAAUAGAGGACAUAACCCACAUUUUUUUUUACAAUUUUUGAAUACAGUUAAUCAUUAAAUCAUUCCUCUGUGCUGUAGAUGUGGAUGAAUGCAAGUUCAACAAUGGAGGGUGCCAACACACUUGUGUCAACACCAUGGGCAGCUAUGAAUGUCGCUGCAAAGAGGGUUUCUUCCUCAGUGACAACCAGCACACAUGCAUCCAUCGAUCUGUUGGUGAGUGAAUAACAUGCACACUUGUUUUAUAAACCUGCAGCUUUAGCUUAAAGACAUAGAUUAACUGCAUCUAAAUUUGACUGUUCUGUUUUUUAUUGUAUUCCUAUAGAGUUAAAUUAGAUGUAAAAGCGAAACUUCAAACAGUUGCUGGUUCAUUUAUAAAAGGAUUACAUUAUUCAUGUGCGCCUGUGUUUGCAGAGGUUUGUUAAGUGUAUGAAUCUGUGGAAAAAGGUGAAUAAUUAUCAAGCAAAUUCGCCCAAUAUUCAUACACAAAUCUAAGAUUGAAGGGACAAUGAGGCGUGACAGGUUCAAACUGGCUCCCGUCACUGAGCUUUUCUCUGCAGCAGCCUCAUGCUGUGGGAAAAAGGAUCACUGUGUCCCAGGGAACAAAAUGAGUUAAUAACUGCAACACUCACAUCUCUGUGGUCUGUGUCACAGAUUAGUCUGAAGUGCCUUUGUAUUGUCUUCUCGACUGACUGAAGUCAACUAAAUGCGAGCUCUUUCCACUCCAUCGGGUCUUGACAACCCUUUUAAAUCCCCCGGACCUGUCCACUCAGCUGUGACCCAUCUUUAUAAAUUCCGCUUUACUUUACGGAGUAUUUUUGAGGGCUGGUUUUCAGGGAACUUUGUAGGAAAGUUGGCCCUGUUCACUGAGUUUUUCCUCCCUCUCUCAAAAAUAACACAGGUCGAUGUCUUUUGAUUGAGUAAUGCAAGAGAACAAUCAGUGUCUUUGAGGAUGUCAGACUAAUCUCUCAGUGUGUGUGCCUUUGUGUUCAGCUGGUCAGUCACUGUAGGAGAGUUUCAUUGUGUACCUCUCUCCCUCUCUCAAUCUCAGAGGGCCUCAACUGUAUGAAUAAGGAGCACGGCUGCGCCCACAUCUGCAAAGAGACACCCAAAGGGGGUGUGGCUUGUGAAUGCCGUCCAGGUUUUGAACUGGCCAGGAACCAGAGAGGCUGCAUCUGUACGUGCUCGACAACAUGACUUCACACAACACAACACGCCAACCAGGUCACACACACACACACUGACACUAAUUCCUCUCCGAUCAAAUGUCUGAUUGUUGCAAUGCUUUUUUUGACCCUGCAGUAACCUGUAACCAUGGCAAUGGAGGCUGCCAGCACACCUGUGAGGACACAGAGAACGGCCCCAUAUGCAGGUGUCAUGUCAGGUACACACUACAGCCUGACAAGAGGUCAUGUGUAGGUAAGAGAAGAGUUAGUGGACACAGGUGUGGUUCUGUGCAUGGAAUGACAAGAUGACAAGCAUGUUAGAUUGCCUCUUUGGUUUAAAUAUAUAUAUAUAAAAUUAGGCACAAAUCAUCCUGACUGAACAGUCCCUCAUUAAAGCUCCUGUGAUGAUCUUCAUUUUGUGUGAGAAAAUCGGUGCCCCUUAUGGUGGUUAGUUUAGUUUAUUUGUUUAUUCGAACAGGUUAAAAGAAAAUAGAUAAAUAAAUACAAUAUACAAUGUGCUUUGGCAGAAAAACAAUUAAAGAGACAACUCUGUAGCAACAUAGAUAAUCACACUUUGUUCGAAACGGUGUAGGAUGAAGUUGAUAAAACUUCAAUCUAGUCCUACACCUUUAUUGUUGUGUUACUGUAAUUUAAUCAGUCAGAGGAUGUGUAGGAAUAACAGCACAGAAGAAAGAAAAUAAAUCAGAAAAAAGCACGUUACUCAUUGUUAUAAAUUCAUGUUUCCAUUUGUGAAAGCAGUCCUUGCUUAUCUUGCCUUCUACAUACUGAAGUGAUGUCUUCUGGCAGGAGACUUCAUUCUGACUUUUUGUGGUUAAACAAGUUAUGUAUUGUAAAUGAUUUAAUUAGAAAUUAUAAAAAAAAGUAUGGCAAUCAAAAUUGUCAAUCCUGCUGCAAAUAGUCUUGUCUGCUUUUUUUAAAUCUUAAAAAGGCUUCAAUAUGAAUUUGAGUAAAGUUCAUGUAAAAAAAAAUCAUCACAGGAGCUUUAGAUAGUCCUUAGUAGUACUUCGAGGCCUAUGAAGCCAUAACAACAACAACAACAACAACAACAACAACAACAGCAACAACCUUCCAGCUACUAAAGAAGAAAGAAACACAAUCAGUAAAAUUUAACAUUGAACCUUGUUAUUAAUGUAGUUUUUCUAAAGUGUCUUUCUUCCUCAUGAAAAAAGGACUACUCAUUAGUUUUGGUUGUUUGUUGUUGAAUUUUGUUGGAAAUUUAACUAAAACUCAAUCUCAGCUUAGAAAGCAUAAAUUCCACUGUCAUCCGACAGUCAGUUGAACCUUGUGUCUUUAGUUUUGUGGGGGCUAUCUUGAUGAAUAAAUGAAAACACUGAGACUGGAAACCUCUUUCUCUGUCAGGUGGUGUACAUUUUUCCUCACAAUGGUUAUGUAGGAUAAAGAUCUGACAUUGUGUAAUAUCUCCCCCUCCAGCAGCAGUGUGUGUGAGGUCCAGGCCUAUCACUAUGAUGUCUCCAGAUUCAUUUUAUAAUCUGGUGUGUUAUCUGACGCACGCCAAGCUGCUACAAGCUGAAUAUCUCGAGUGUAAACAUGCAUCUUGUCACUGAAAAGUGAUCUACACAAACACCCAGAGCUAAUCUCAGCGGGAAAGUCGUGCUUGUGCAUGUGCUGUUUUGUAAAAUGUUGUGAAUUAGUGUUUCACUUCUUUCUCCGACUGUGAUUUGUUUUGAUUGUCACAGAGCGAGACGAAGCCACGACUGAGUCUGUGGACCACAACGCUACAUCCUUCACCGAGGUGGACAAAAGAGUCAAACGGAGGCUCUUAAUGGGUAAUAGUCAUGCUCUCGGCUUGUGUUUUGUAUGCAUGUUGCAUUUCUGAACCGCUCACGGAUAUUCAACAGGAGGGAGAAGUGAUGUCCAGUAAACCGAUGCAUUCCUCAGACUUUUGAGCAAACUGUGAAAAGACUACAUGCUUGCUGUCUUGCCCCCAGCUUCCCCCCUGAAAAAUAUGCAUUUGUGACAGUGUGGUACAUUUCACAUUGUCCUUCCAUUUGAGAAGGGGAGAGUAUGAGUUUUUUUCUUCUUCUGCAGCCAUUACUCAUCAGGUGUGUUAUUCUGGGCCAUUUGAUAUGUUUAAACAUUACCUCUCUGGCACUUUACCAAGUCGGUACAUUAACGAUCAGAGCUGCAAGUUCAAAUAUAUCAAAGCUCUGAUCACUGAGGGUCUUGUACUUGUCAUUGAGGAAUAAUGUCCCCUUUAGAUGGAUUUACGAUGUGUAUUUUAAUUCCAGAAACUUGUGCGGUAAACAACGGGGGGUGUGACUGCACUUGUAAAGACACAUCCACGGGCGUGCGCUGCAGCUGCCCCAUCGGCUUCACACUGCAGCCAGAUGGAAAAACAUGCAAAGGUCAGAUAUCAAGUGGACAAACAUUAUAUCCACAGAUACGUGAGAUUGAUUUAAUUUUCUGGAAAUGGUAAAAGAAGUCCUGAUUCCCAUUUGUUACAGAUAUUGAUGAGUGUGAGCACCACAACGGUGGUUGCGAACACUUUUGCAGGAACACUAUCGGCAGCUUUGAGUGCAACUGCAGAAAAGGCUUCAAGCUGCUGACUGAUGAACGCUCCUGUCAAGGUAAAAACAAAAAUGUCUGAACACUAACACAGUCCAUAGCUUAUAUUUGCUUCUGUUUACUAUGUUUAAAAACGGUCACCUGUAAUUCAUCAGAUGAGGAAUACUGAAACAGCAUAUAUGUGUGUGUGUGUGUGUCAAAUUUUACCUAGUUGGGGAAUUCAAGAUGAAACACAAACAUCUGUCUGGGUGGGAAAUCCCUCCUGAUGAAGUUUGCGACUGACUGCCCUGCUAUUAUGUCAUCUGCUCACUCUGAUUACAGAUAUAGAUGAGUGUUUUUUUGAGCGCACAUGUGAUCACACAUGUGUGAACUCCCCUGGUGGUUUUCAGUGUCUGUGCAACAAAGGCUACACCAUGUAUGGACUGGCCCACUGUGGAGGUGAGUCUACGUUUAGAAGACUUCAGAAUCUCUAUCAUAAUAUACAACAUCUUAAGUUGGAGUGAACUGAGUAGAAGGACUUGUUUCUGGAUUCUUCUUUUUAACAAUUUUGAUGAAAAUAACAUUGGUUUUCGCUCUUCUGUCAGAUAUAAAUGAAUGCAGUGUGAACAAUGGCGGUUGUGAGCAAGGUUGUGAGAACACCCUGGGUGGAUUUGAGUGUUUUUGCCAUCCUGGUUACAUCCUACACUGGAACAAAAAGGACUGCAUUGGUAAGCCAGUGCCUCUUCCUAUGUAAGAGGUGAAUCUCUUGGGUGUUUGCUCAUUUCCCACAUUUAGGAUCAAAAUUUGGGGGAACAAAAACAGGAGAUACUUUGAAUUCUUCUCUUUUUUUCUCUUUGAUUCUCUAUCACUUGGUUUUCUUGUGCUUGAGUAAACCAGUCCAAAAAGCUAUGAUACUGCUGGCGCUCCCAGAUGUUGGAUUUGUGCCUAUAUUCCACACGUCCACUUCCGCUUUGUUGCAAUCCAAAGUGUUCCUUUUCACCUUUGAGUUUUGUUGUGAUUUUCAUCUAGAGGCUGAGGGUUUACCGACUGCAAAACCCACCUCUAAACCUACCCUGAACUGUAGUAAACAGGAGGGAGGAGAUCGCUGCUUCCUGACCUGCCAGUCCCAAGUUCAUAUCAGCAGUGGUGAGUUUGGUUGAUGUGCCACAGUGGGCGCUAAUAUUUCUGUAUUUUCCUUUAACAAAUACUGACAAAGUGACUGUUUUUCACCUCACCUUAAAGGCUUUUGCAUCGUUGAAUCAUAUCACAUGCACAUCCUUCACACGAAUCAAGACUGAUCUGUAAAACGACUGCAUACACUCGUAUCAGUGUUACUUUAAAAUAGCUCCUCUCAACACUUUUGUAGAUAUUUUAGAAGUUAGUCCAUCUUUUACUUUUCAUCACACACUCAAAAGUAAACUGUUUGCUGCCCUCUUCUGCUCCUGCCUGCUGCACUAUUUACUUUAAAACCAACUUUGUCUAAAAGGUUAACCCUGGCUUAUCAUUGUGGCUUCCUUAACAACACCAGUUUAACUCCAGCAGUUACAUCUUUGACAUCCACAUCUACUAUCCAAUCAUAUUUCACAUUUUGACACACAUCAGUCAAACUCACAUUCAUAAUUUAGUCAUACAACUCAUUUUAACCCUAAAAGCAGUAAAACAAUGUUUUUGUUUGGUCCUUAUGGUUUGCCUUCACAUGCCUAAACCCAGGGGUAGUGUCACAAUAUCUUAACCCCCUCAGGUGGUGCAAGCAGGUGGAUGCUAGAGAGGUGGUGGAUGGAAAAAUUUAAGGGCAGCACCUAAUAUAGUGGCAAAAGCACAGCUGAGGCAGAGACCAGAAAUCUUGCGGUUCGCAUAGAGCGCCAAAUUGUGAGGAUUUGUUGUGUGAUGAAUGAUGCAUGUGAGAACUAAAAUUAGCGCACUUUUCACUCCACUUUUUGGAAGAUUAAAACCUGGGCGAUAAACGAUAACGAUGUGUAUCGAAUAUUAAUUUCCCUCAAUAUCAAUAUAAAACAUGGUCAAUAUGCUUUUCGAAAGUCGGCAUUCUCCCAUGUUUUGGUAGACUAUACAAAUCGCCAAUGAAAAGGGGAGUUGCUCCAGGUCUGCUUUGCGCUGAACCAAUGACGACAUCGUCAACAACACUGGCACAAAAACGUUGGUGGUGUGGAGGUAUUUUGUUUUUUUGAGGUUUAGACACGAAGCAGAGUAAUGUGCACUGCAAAUUAUGUUGAGUACAUGUUCCUUAAAGUCGGGGAAUACCUCAAAUCUUUUUCACCAACUGAAGCAGUGCCACGUGGCAGAACAAGCGCAACGCAAAAGUUUACAAACCCCGAGCGGAGGAAGGAGCCCAUGGCGCCUGUGCAGCUAAAACAGCCGACCAUUCAGUCCGCUUUCUCUAGGGCAACGCUUUACGACAAAAAGUCGAAGAGACACAAAGACCUCACAGAUGUAGUAGCUUAUUGUAUUGCAAAAGACAUGCUUCCAAUAAGCACUGUUAGAUUUCAUUUUUUAUAUUGUGAUAUAUAUCGAUAUCGACUGAUAUGAAAAAAUAUAUCAUGAUAAACUUUUACCCAUAUCGCCCAGCCCUAAUAAGACCCAUGAUGAAGAAAAGGACAGGUAUCACGUCAUGAAUUAUAUCAAUAGAAACAUAAUCAGUCACUGAGUCCAGCUGUUCUGGAUCUGGUGGUGUGUCAACAUCAGUCUGCAGAGCGACUCUUCGUGUUCCUACAUGCUGCCUGUUUGCUCUCCCCAACUUGGCUUUUGUGGCCUCAACUUUUGUCUGUGUUGGUCCGUGUGUCACGGCCCCUUGUGUUCGCAGGGACGGAGGAUUCCUACACGGUGACCUGUGGAAUGCCCCUGCCCUGCCUGGCUGAAGCACAAAAGAACAACAGCGGCUUGCAUUGCUUAGGCAAGUACAAAACAUCACAGAUUAACAUCAAUCUUUCCGCUCUGCCACAGAAAACAGUAAAUCAGAGACGGCUCAGGCUUUACUUGUUUUCAGUCGAUAAAUACCGGGAGUAGAGAAAAAUGACAAGGUUUUUUUUUUGUUCCUCUUCCCACAGGUCCGAUGGCAAAUGUUCCACGCAUUAAAACCACCGCCACUUUUAAGUCUGGCGCUGCAAAAUGCAACUUAAAACGAAGUCAGGAGAAACUCAAGGAGAGCUUGAACUCGGCACACUCAGGUACAGAGGUUGCCAAACAACAACAAGCCGAACAACAAAGCCUCCAAAACACAAGAUUUAGAUCACACAUAGGCAAGGAUUACAUUUACAGCUCCUUUAUGUUGCUGGUUUAAAAACACUUUGGGUUUACCCAGAACUGCCAGCAUUUGAAGCCACAAUCUUUAGAAGAUGAAGCAGACCUCAGAGUCAAAGUAAACCAAAAACCAAAGGCAAAUGUGAAGAGAUUUUGUGGGGAAAGUGAUGUGGUUAGAGCGUCUUGAAUAUCUCAGAGCAGCACUUUGUCUCGCAGUGACAGGGGAGGAUGUAAUUAGCCAUGGCGUGCCUUUCAGUUGGGUCUGACUUAGCCAUCAAUCAAACGGGUUUCCGAUUGUAGGAUUAUUUCGCUUCUCCAAGGGGUUUGAUGUGCUAUUUCACGUUUCUCACACUCACUAAAUAGAAAGUUUCAUCUUUUUUGUCGUUAUAAUCUGUAAAACUGUCCAAGAUUUUCUCUGACACUUGUGCAAUUUUGUUUGUUAGAUAGCAGGUUCCUCUUCACUGAAAAUGUCCAGUUCAGCUACGUGAGCCUGCACUGCACCACGUCCGGACAGCGUACUCGCAGCCGCCACGGCAGGAAAGCCGCCGAGGAGGACGGCUCGUCGAUAACAGCUGAGUUUGAGCUGGAUGUGAACCUAGAGGAGGUAACAGGUUGGUCUCUGCGCUUUCUCUCUGCCUGCUCGGGACGUUUGCUUAUCGUUCUCCAUCCUUCUCUCUGUCCUCUGCUGCUGUCUGUUCAUCACUAAACAAACAACACUGAUAAAGUAUCUCCUGUUUUGACUCGGCCUUGGUGGUGGGCUUUAGGAUGGGACUGAGGGUCUUUUUGUUUGUGCUCUUCAGAAGUGGUGGCUUACAUUGCUCUUCACCUGUAUUUGUUUGAAUGUUUAGCCAAGCAUGUGAGCAUCCAGGUGUUCAAGUACAAUUUAAAGUAGGUGUGAAACAUUUGUUGUGGAAACUGUUGUGGUAUCAAGUGCCUCUCUCAGCAGAGAGCUGUGACCUGAACUGCGUGCGCAGACGCUCGGAGAAAAGGCUCAGGAAGACCAUCAGGACCCUGAGGAAGUCCAUCAAUCGGGAGCAGUUCCACCUCCACUUUGCCGGGUCCGACUACGAGCUCAGCAAGACUCUGGGCCAGCCGGCCGAGCUGCCUGGACAUUGUGUGGGAGGACAGGUGCUGGUGGGCAGGAAGUGUGGUGAGUUUGGUUUUCAUGUUUGUGUGUUAAUCAAUACAGAAACCAUCUUAAAGGUGAGGGGAUUCAAAAUGGGGAUAUUGGGGACUUAGCUCACAGAUGUACAGUAGAUCUAACCCGCUCUUUCGCAGCCACACCAACGCUCUGACAAGGCUCUACACAAACAUUAGACUCUUAGUCAUUUCUUUAAGCAACUGAAAUGGUCCGUGCCAGUUAGAUAUAUUUAGACAAGCCGGUUUAAUGAUUGGAUUUGGAACAGGUGUUGGCCAGAUGAAUGCCAUAUUUGGUUUUCAGACAUGCCGUAAUGAGCUAGUCGGAGGGGAAAGCGAGCUCGCGUCGAAGAACAGAGACUCUGUUGUUGAGAUCUUCCAGCAUCUCUGGAUCAGAGUGUAACAUGAGGGCUGAUGGCAGCUCUCCUGGUAGCUGUUGCCUCUCGCUUCGAUUUUUAUAUACAACCUGCGAUGGAGAAAAUGUUCAUUAAAUAAGACCGCACACUGUCAGAGUUGUUGGAGGGCUGAAAGGCUGGCAUGUGUUUUCUCUGGCUUUUGGGACCACGCGCCCCCUAAUUUCAGGCCUCACAGUAAGUUUUGUGCCUGCUGUACGCCGUCUUAGUCUAAGCGAGAGCUACAGGCUGCUUUUUCUCGAUUGAGAUGUCUAAAUAUUUAUCCAGAAUAAAUCUAUGUGAUUCAACAUCUGAACAUGUUUCCUGUAAAUGUUUGAGAUGUUUAAUUAAGGCGCAGAUGCAGAUCUUCAAAUGCACUGAAGGUUUUUGUUUGCCUCCUAGAAAAAGCGUAGGUCAGUGGUUGAAAUCUGGCCUGAAGUACGACUUAUCUGCGGCUCGUUGAGAUAAUGCAGCUUUCCGUUGCACGUAUCUCCUUUUUCUUGGCCUCUGCUUUAGCAUCAAACAGAGUCGUGCCGCUGAGCUGCGCUGACAUGAUUUAAACCCUGGCUCAUACUCUUGGUUUCUCCUCUGUUUCAGUAACUCCGUUUCUAAGUGUGUUGAUUUCUUAACUCCCCCGCUAUGCUUUCAGGUCAACAUUAAGCAGUCUAUUGGCCAUGGCAGGGGUGUAGACAUGUAAUUUGGGAGAGGAGUGGAGUGGAGGGGGGAGCUGAAAGGCAUUCUUCUUAACCUCCAGCUCUUUAAAGGAGCUAUAUUUUUCCCCUCCUCCUCCCCCACCUCCCGCUCUGGCUUAGCUCGGAGUGCAGUUUAGUCCUAUUCACUCUGCCCACUCCAUUGAAAAGCCCAUUUGGGGCUUGUUCUCGCUGCCUCAGAUGGAUGACAACACAGGCUCUUGUGCAUUUGGAGAAAAUAUGCUUUCUGCUCAGAGCACUAGUACAAGCGUUUCUCCUCCAACUCUCAUCUGUUCUUGAAUCUUGCUUCGAAAGGUUGAAAGUCUAGGAUGUUAAUUUAAUUUAAUCAAAGUGUGUGGAUUGUUAAGUACAUAAGUAAUGUAAUUAGUUAUAACGUCAAUGUUUUUUUCUUGAUACCGUCUUUAUCUGUCCGCUUCAAACCCCAUAAUUGCAUAGAAAGUAGAAACAGUCCAAACACGCAAACAUCAACGAUCCAAACCGCCGCUCAGUGCGCGUCUACGUCUGUUUGACCGCUGUAGCCGACUUGUUUGCGUGUUUGUUUUAACAUUGAAGAUGUUUAGGAAGUGCUGUUGAUUCAAGCUGGCAGUUUGAGUGCUGUGUCCCCCCUGCCCCCCAGCUGGGGCCACUUUGCAUGACCCCCAGCCACUAAACUGCUAAAGAGAAUUGACUUCAGCCACACCAUGGGAAUCAAUUAGCAUCAGUUGUUUGGGCCUCGGCUUGAUGGGCGCGAGCAGCGAUUGGGCCAAGCAGAGUGGGGGGAUUCAGAAACCUGACCCCUUUUAUUGGGUUCAGCUCCUUACCACUGUGAUACCGUGGUGUUUUCCUAUGUCAUCAAGUAGGCACAGACUGAGGACUUGAAUAGAGGUGAAAGGUCUUUUAAACCUCUUUGGGGCCAUCAAUUCGAGGACUCUAUAGAAGCGUUCUUUGCAUUUGAAAGGCUUCAAGGUUUUUUCUCUCUUUCACUCUCACUCUCUCUUCUCGCACUGCUUCCCUCUGUCAAAUAAAAGCUGUUAGAGGACAAUGCAGUGAUGGCUCCUCAUGGUCUUUCAGAGUAAACAAUGGGCUCCAAAAAAUGAACUGCUCUUGAGAGAAUUACAUUUUCUUUCUGCGGAGGAAAAUCGAACAAUUUGCUGAGCCACGUAUAAAGGAUUGACAUCAGAGCUUUUGUGUGUCGAGCUUUUAGAAACCGCGGUGUCUCUGCUUACAGACGGCUUAAGGGAUACAACCGAGGCGCAUUUUGUGCUAAAGGCCCAACAUUUAAUUGAUUUAUUCUUGUGCGAGAUCAGCUCCAGUUUUCAAGGGAACUUCUAAAGACCAUCAGACAGACGCAGUAAUUCCCAAAUUAAUUACAGGCAUCACUCUGUGUGGGAGGAACCGGAGCAAAACGGCGCUUUACUCCCUUUAAUCAAGCCUUUGCACUUUUGUGAGAUAAGAGGGAAAUACUCUCUUUGAUUUCCGUCUGUGUUUGCUUUUAAGAGAGGUGAGGGUGCUUUAAAUGUUACCCCCAAAUGCACAGUCAUGAUGUGGAAAGCAUUAGGGACGUGUCAGAUAAAGCUGCGAAAAGGAAACUUUGGAGAGAGUUUGUUAGAGGGAUUUGGUUUGAAGAAACUCACGUGGGUUUUACUUUGUUGUGACUGGCCUUGCAGCAUUUUUUUAAUGUAGAAAAUGUGAUCAAGAAAGUCAUUAAGAUUAUGAUUAAGAUUAAGUGAUUUCUUGUCGUUAUGAAUGAAAAGGUUUAUCUGUGGGGGGUAGUUUGGCCCAGUCUCCACAACAUGUAUACAUGUAUGUGAAGUGAAUCACACACUCCAUGUACUGAAGCUGGAGUCCUCAAAUCGAGUAGGUAAGGUUCAUUUCCAACCUGCAGCUCUUUACCCCGUGUCAUUUCCCGCUUUCUGACCUUUGUCUUAAUUUAGGCAUAUAAAGAGAACAGUUAAAUCUAUUAGUUAUUCCAGCAUUUCUGGGCUUAAAAUGGCCUGUAACAGGUUUUAGGAAUGAUUCAACUCUUAUUUUAAAUACCCAGUCCUAGAAAAAAAGAUUUGUGAUUAAUUUGACUUCAUAUAGUUUGUUCUUGAUUUAAUUUGCCGUAACCUUGACGAUGAAGGUUUUCUUGAUUUUGGUUUAUGGUUACAGUGCCCAGCAUAAGUCAGUACACCCCCCAUUAAAAGUUAUGUAUUACUCAAUAUCUAGGUGAGCAAAAGUAGAAUUUCCAAAGUUUUGACAAAGCUGAGUUUAACAUAACAUUUUAUUUAUUAUCAGAUGAAAAUAAGGGUGAUAUGGUAACUAAAAUUUAACUUUGCUUCCAGAACUUUGAUUGGGGUGUACUUAUUUUUGCAUCCUGAUUUUAAAUUGAAAAAAUACUCUUUUUGUCUGCAACUUAAAAGAUCUUAUUGCAAUCAGUGGCCUUCAUUUGGGGGAGUAUUUUAUUGUACAGUCUGACAUAGAAAAUGUUGAUUUUGAAAGGAAACUAAAGGUUUUCUGACAACUCUGAAGGGGUGUACUCAUUUAUACUGAGCACUGUACAUCAAAAUACUAAAACAAUAAGAAAAGUAGUUAAUCCUUGUGAUGUUUCAGCCCUAGUUACUUCUACGCUCCUCUUUAAGUUCAUGACUGAGUUCAUGUGUUUGAGAUAUGUAAAAGUUUCAACUACAAGUAAAGCUUUAAAAUCUGUCAUCAGAUUGAUAAAUUGACUUGGUUAAACUGCCUUUAAUGCGUCUUUGGAGAUGCUCUUAACUGUGUUUAUCCGUCUCAAGUGCGUACAUGUUGUUUGAUUACACUCAAAGAGGCGGCUGAUGAAGUCUGGGUUACUUUGCUUUAAUUGUCUUGUCGUGCAGCUGAACCACUGUCGGUGGGUGUAAAUUUACAGUGUGGUUAGGACUGUUUGAUUAUGUGCAGCCACAGCCCACCCUGCUGCAUUUGUUCACUGUGUUUGAAUUUUAUUUUGUGUGUCUCGAUUCUGGUAGACAUGGACAUAUAAAUCAGAUCUAGCUGCCAAAUAUAAUUAUACAUUGUAAAGUUCAGAUACACUAGUUUGUUUUUGGCAAUUUCACGAAGUUUUCAUGUUCAGUUGUGAGGGAAACUUUUAUUUCUUCUUGUUUUCAAAUGAGUUUAUUAGGAAAUGAUGGUGUUUUGUUCGAUAUUAAGAGAACAUAAUUUUUUAGACUUUUCACAAAACUAAGAAAAACUAUUCAUUCUCACUAAUGUGACAAACAACCACAAGCUUCACAGCUCCCCGUCAAACAUCGCAGGCCCAAGUUUGAGUCUGCAGGAGUGCAUUUGUGCGUUUCUCCAAGUCCUUCUUCAGGUUCAAAUAUUAACCCUCCAUCCAUCUUGUGUCUCUUUCCUUGUUGUCUGUCAGUGAGCUGCAGUGUCGGGACCUACUUCGACAGGGAUCAGGGCAGGUGUGUUUUGUGUCCUGCUGGAACCUAUCAGGAUGAGGAGGGACAGAUGUCCUGUGAGGUUUGUCCCGGACCUGAGGGAAGAGAUGUCCCCAAGGUGGUUGGAGCUCGAAACAUGUCUGAGUGUGGAGGUAGAGCAAUCAUUUCUAUCGUCUGUUUGCAUAUUUAGACUUUUUGAACUAUCCCUUUGCUUGUGGGAUUUUCUUCAUACACAUUUUUAUUAGAUUAUUCCUAUGGGGGAGUCUGAAAUUUAAGGAUCUAAUGAGCAAAAUUUGCAUAAAAAAUGAGAUAAUGAACACAAAAACGCCUCUCGAAGGACAGUAACAUAUCCAGAAGAAAAACUUGUGAAGGGAAAAUAAAAGAAUUAUUUGCUUUGUUUGCAACUUUCACACUAUUUCUCUAAAAGUAGUAAAGGUCUUCUAUUACGGUUUAAUAUUCAGUUAAAAUAUGCGUAUUGUCAAUUUUUCCAUGUUGGAUGAAGUAAUAGUACGACCAAACUACGCAGCAGUCUAAAAAGCAUUUAUAGAAACAGCCAAAUAAAAAAGACAAGGAUGAACUAUCCGAAGAGUAAAACAAUGUGAAAUCUGGAAAAAUAAACAAAACACAAAGAAAAAGAAAUGAGCACACAGAAACGAUCAGUGGAUAUGAGCCACAAAGGAAGCGAUGGUGCCUCGAUAGAGAUCUCUCUCCAGCAGAUGUUCUGCUUUGUGUAAAGCCAAAGAAGCUUGAGUUUAGAUGUUGAAGAUAUAUUUGAAUUCAAAAGGUGAACAAGCCUCUUUCAGGCUGGAAUAAAAGGCUGAAGGAGCCAGCAUGUUUUGGUCUCCUCCUGAGCUGUUAUCACAGUCACUUUGUGGCUGAAUCCCAAAUCCCAUCUCCUCUGUCAGACUAAACAACAGAAGCUAUCUGAAAACUCCCACUUGCGCAGUUUGUAUUAGCCGUGGGUGUGAGGGGUGGUGCGCGAAGAGAUAAAAACAGUCAUUCCAUUGACUUGAACCCUAUUCCGGGAUGGUGGGGAGAGUAUUUUAUUCUACUUCAGCUGAAAUGUAAAAAACUUUUCUAACUCAAGCUGUGAAGUGCUCCGAGGAUUGUGGGACAAAUAAACCGUUGCCGAGGCUAACAGACUAACGCUUGUGUGUGUGUGCAGGUCAGUGUUUCCCAGGUCAGUACUCCCAUGACGGCUUCAUCCCCUGCCUGCUCUGUCCUUUGGGAACGUACCAGCCAGAAGUGGGACGCACCUCCUGUUUCCCUUGUGGAGGGAACCUGGUGACUAAGCGCAGUGGUGCGGUUGCCUUUCAGGAGUGUGAGACCAAAGGUUCGAACUCCAUGUUUACUGUGUUGUUACAGAGUUGAAAAACAGUCAACAAGUAUUUUCAAUCAGUCAUUUUAUUUCUCAUUUUACACCGAGGGGAGAAAGUUUAUAAAAACACGUCUAAUAUCUUCUAUAAAGUGAAUCCCUGUGGUGGUUUUUAUUCUCCUCACACUUCUCGCACAACAAACAUACAUAGGUACGUGAUUGUUGAGUCUAUGGAGUGGCACUCUGCUGCCCUCUGGAGACACUUUACUGUCUGUGCGCCCAACUUCUUGGCUUGUUUUGAAUCUAUGCACCUCCUUGGCAUCGGUCCACCAGUAUCUGGGGCAGGAGGUUUAUUUACCCUCAUGAGCAGAAGGAUGUAUCCUGAUCAGUCAUCACAUUAUGACCACUGAAAACUGAAGUGAAUAACACUGAUGAAUUCUGUCAGUUGGUGGGAUAAAUAUGAAACAUGGGCAUCUUGCUCUCACGUUGAUAUUGUAUGGACAAGGUUAAGGAUCUGAGAGACUUGAACAAGAACCAAACUGUAAUCUCUAGAGGGGGAUGUGUUGGACAACAAAUUCUGAUCUAAAGAGGCCACAACUCACGGGACUUCGAGGAUGUGCUGCUAACAUCUUGGUGCCGGAUACCACAGCACACCUUCAGAGGUCUAGAUUUAGGGCUGUUUUGGUCCUGACCUGAUUAGCAGGGAGCCAGCUGUUUAUAUGUUUUGCUUCAAAUUAGUAGAAUUUUAGAGGGAGUAGGAUAAAAUGAUUUGUUUUUAAAGAUGGGACAAGUGGGUAUGUUCAGAUUCUGUGUUUUGAUAUUCUUCAUCUUUUGGUUAUGCUCUGAUGAAGUUACUCUGAAGCAAAAAUUGUGAUGCUUUCUCAGUUAAUUUUCUGUUACUUGCAGAUAGAAAGCAAAUGAUUGUCUUGUAAGCUCCUGAUUACCUCCAGGAGUCCUCUUUAAUGCUUAAAUUUAGCUCAGGGAAAAUACCAGCAGCAUAAUUCUCUUUUUCACACUCUUGUAUCCUCUUGUUUUGCUCCUGCAGUCCAGUGUUCUCCAGGACAUUACUACAACACCAGCACACACCGCUGCAUCCGCUGCCCCACGGGCACAUAUCAGGGAGAGUUUGGACAAAACUACUGCGUCGCAUGCCCUGGAAACACCACAACUGACUUUGACGGGUCCACUAACAUCAUGCAGUGCAAAAGUGAGUUUAUCUGAAGCAUAAACAGAGAGGGGGUGAGAUACUAUUGCAUGAUUUAACAAUAUGAACAAAACAACCUGUUCGACUCUCUGACCUGUGGUUUGUUACAGACCGACACUGUGGAGGAGAGCUGGGAGAUUUCACCGGCUACAUCGAGUCACCAAACUAUCCAGGGAACUACCCGGCCAAUGUUGAGUGUACUUGGACCAUUAACCCACCGCCCAAACGCAGGAUCCUUAUCGUCGUCCCGGAGAUUUACCUGCCUAUUGAGGACGAGUGUGGAGAUUAUCUGGUGAUGAGAAAAAGCUGUAAGUUUGAAUAUUAUGUGCUUUGUUGUGAAUUCCCCCUACGGUUCAGGGGACCGUAUCUGUCCAGCUUGGAUUGUAGCUGACAAUAAUCAUUCAUGUUGUCUUGUGUGUCCACAGCUCUAUCCAACUCUGUGACAACCUACGAGACCUGUCAGACUUACGAACGUCCCAUCGCUUUCACCUCCCGCUCUAAGAGGCUCUGGAUACAGUUCAGGUCCAAUGAGGGAAACAGUGGGAAAGGCUUCCAGGUCCCAUACGUGACAUAUGAUGGUAGGAGGAAAAAAAAGAGAAACAUGCCUAAACUAUCUAUCUAUCUAUCUAUCUAUCUAUCUAUCUAUCUAUCUAUCUAUGCAGAUUUGUUUUGAACUAUGUAAGUAACAACUUUUUGUUUGUUUGUUUGUUUUUAGAGGACUACCAAGAACUGAUAGAAGACAUUGUCAGAGAUGGAAGAUUAUAUGCCUCAGAAAAUCACCAAGAAAUUCUCAAGGUAUGUUUAAAAAAAUGACUUACAUGUCGCACUUUUCUUUCUCAGUUGUAUCUAUAAGCCAUGGACUUUUUGGUUGAUGAAACAUCAGUACUGCUGAGGUUCCCAGACUUUUUUCUGCAGGGCUCCCCCUUUGGCAUAUGAAAAACUGGUGAAAGUCAAUCAGGGACGGGGUAUGAAUUGUCAUUUGAGACAUUUGUUGUCUGCAUUACUUUUACUUAUUAGUACUUUAAUAAAAUUGGCCAUGCUUUGCUCACAGUCCAGGACUGUUGAUGUCAUAUUUAUAAGCUGCCCUCCAUCAACUAAACUCAACUCAACUUUAUUGAUAGAGCACUUUAAAUACAACCAAAGCUGACACCAAGUGCUGUAUAUAAUAACAUAAAAACAUAAAACAACAAUAAAUAGUAAAAAAAAAAAAAAAACAACAAUAAUAAAACAAAUGCCAUCUCAUGCUGGGUCAACAGCCAAGGAAUAAAAUUGGGUUUUCAGACGGGUUUUGAAAAGGGACAGUGAGGGAGCUUGUCUAAUGUGGAGAGGAAGGUCAUUCCGCAACGUAGGAGCAGCAACAGAAAAAGCUCUGUCUCCUUUGAGCCUCCGCUUAGACCUUGGUACCUGCAGGAGCAGCUGGUGAGCUGACCUGAGGCAUCGGGCAAGAGUGUAGGGGUGAAGCAGCUCAGAGAGGUAUGAUGGGGCCAGACCAUUUAAGGUUUUAAAAACAAAUUAAAGAAUCUUAAAAUGAACUCUAAAAAGCACAGGCAGCCAGUGGAGGGAGGCCAGAUGCCAACUCUUGGUGCCACAUGUCAUCAUGCCCCUUAGCGUGGGAAUCACUGCAGCACAUUUUUUAUGUUAUGUAUCUGCCACCUGAAUCACAUUUUCACUCUCAUUCAUGCAGACUAAAGCCUGCCUUGGCUUGUCCAUUUGUAGAAUGUAGCGCCCUCUUUUGGAAACUUUUGGAAAUACAUCAGUGCAUCAUGCUGGCCUCUAUAUCUGUCAACUGCUUUCCAUUAAUGCAGUUCAUUUUCUCAUCAGGACAAGAAGCUCAUGAAGGCGUUAUUCGACGUGCUGGCUCACCCACAGAACUUCUUCAACUACACCGCACAAGAAUCAAGAGAAAUGUUCCCGAAAUCCUUCAUCCGCUUUCUGCGCUCUAAAGUCCUGAGAUUCCUCCGCCCAUAGGAUGUCCCUGGCCUGGAUAUUUCAUGAAAAGCUAGAUCAGAUACUGGCCAGAGUAUCUGUUUAUUCCCCUUUGAAAUAUGCUGUAGUUGUCUGUUUUUGCAUGGAGUGAUACUAGAGGGGACCAAAACUGACCCAGAGGAGAAUUUGGACAAGUCAAGCAAGUGGACUUGAAACUGGAGCUUUAAGAGGGAGAGAAGGUUGGUGAUAAAAUGGUACAGGGUGCAGACAGGGACCUGGAUCUCUUCUCUUUGUUUGGAAACAUGAAACAGAAGAAUAAUAACGUCUUCAUACCCUCCUUUAGAUUUUAAGGUCACCAUACGUGAGCUAAACAGACAUAUACUGCAGAAUGUUGGAGAAACUGUACAAAGAGUGUAUCUAAUCCUAACAUAGACUACUUUUACAGGUAGAGGUUAAUCAACAGAAAUACUGCUAAAUGUCAGGAACAAAUAUAGCACAAAUGUUUUCUUGUGAACAUUAGCACUACUAAAGAAGUAGUGACACCACAAAAGCAAUUAUUCAGAUUAUUGUUUUGUAUAUGAUGUAAAAAGCUUAGGGGAAUGUUCAUGGAUUGUAGGAUCUAUGAACAUUUUUUGACAGUAUAGCAUUGCUGUUACAGCUGGUGGCCAUGUAUUCAAUGUUUAGGGUGUGUGAGUAACUGGUACUGCCCUGAGGGAACUUUUUCAUUUUUCAGAUAAUUUACCGAGGCACCAGUACGUAACAACACAUUGUGCAUUUUGAACUAGCAACCAAAGACAACUGUUGGCCCUGCAAGCGGUGCAGAGAAUAGGGAGACGUGUGACAGAAGAGAUUAAAAAUGUCAGACAACUGAACAAUGUCCUGUAAAAUAGAACUGAGCUAUAUGCCUGUCUUAGAUGACAUAUGUAUAUUUUUUUAUGGUUUUGUACAUCUUAUAUGCUGUAAAUAAAGAUAGGACACUUAUUUUGUUUUUAUUCCCUUUCACAACUUUUAUUUCUUCAUUUUCUCUGUGGUAAGACAACAUUUCUGCACUUUCUGAGCUGCAUUUCAUUCACAUAAUCAGAUGCAUCUUUGGCUUUACUUUCUCAGCUGCUUUAAUAGACCAAUAAAAGUCACAACACACCCGUUUGCACAGCAGCAUUUAGAGAUAAAAACAUAUCUCCAUUAGCUACUUAAUGUUUGAAAAGAAAAGCUACAUCAAUGAGCGAAUGACAUGAUUUUACCAAUGUCACAGGUGUUUUUUUUAUUUUAUUUUUGUUACCUGCCAGUUUAUCUCUCAGCUUCAUGACAGAAGUUUCUGUUGGAUGCUCAGUGAUAAGGUCACUACAUGAAAUCUUUCUGAAAGUGUUAAUAUGCUUCAUUAAAAGAAUAACAGAAACGCA